UUCCGUUUGAGCCGUAGACGUGAACAGACCGAAUCACCGAACAGACCACGGGGGCUGCACGCGGAUCGUGACUCGUGCGUGUAGAUUACAAUAAAAAAGAAAAUUAUUUUUAAAGCCCGUCCGAUCGCGAUCGCGUUAAAUAAUCGAUAAUCUUAAAGAGUCGGAGUGUUUUUAGUGAAAGUAGAAUCGAAAUAAGUCUCGUAAGUGUCAGUAAAGUGAUAAAUAUGGCGAACAGCGUAGCACCAGACUCGUGGGAGCAGCAGGCGGACAGCGGGGAUAAUGCGAACGGUCAGGAUAAAUCGUUGGAGAGUAAAUUCUCAACGUUGAAUGUAAACGCCGCUGAAUUCGUGCCUUCCUUCUGCAUACCAUCCUCGGAAACGAGCUCGGCAGGCGACAGCCCCAACGCCACCGUUCCUGACACCAGCCACGGAGGAAGCUCUGUCGCCGUUCCACCUGAUCCGGCUGGUACUUUAGUCGAGGAACCGCCUGCUGGGGGAGGGGCACCACCUCCACCUAACGCAACAAACGCCAAGAACGCCAGUCCUGAACAUCAGCCGGCUGAUUCUUGGGAGGAAGCAGCCGUUGAUGCCGACCCGUUAUUAACACCUGAGAAUGAAGAGGCUGAAAUUGACGAGGAUGAAGAGACGGUGGUAAAAAUACUGAAAAAGAAGCCAGUCAAAAUAACGGAAGAUACAAAAAGCAAAAAAGAACACGUCAAUGUUGUCUUCAUUGGGCAUGUCGAUGCCGGGAAGUCAACCAUCGGCGGACAAAUCAUGGCAUUAACAGGUAUGGUCGACAAAAGAACAUUGGAAAAGUAUGAAAGAGAAGCUAAGGAAAGGAGCAGAGAAACGUGGUACCUCAGUUGGGCGCUGGAUACCAACCAGGAAGAGAGAGAGAAAGGAAAAACUGUCGAGGUUGGCCGGGCGUAUUUUGAGACUGAAAGAAAGCACUUUACAAUUUUGGAUGCGCCAGGACACAAAAGUUUUGUACCAAACAUGAUCGGUGGUGCUGCUCAGGCUGAUUUAGCUGUCCUUGUAAUUUCUGCAAGAAAAGGUGAAUUUGAAACUGGAUUUGACAGAGGGGGACAAACGAGAGAACAUGCCAUGCUGGCCAAAACUGCUGGCGUCAAACAUCUGGUAGUAUUAGUUAAUAAAAUGGAUGACCCUACGGUGGAAUGGGACGAGGGAAGAUACAACGAAUGCAGAGAUAAAAUCUUACCCUACCUUCGUAAACUGGGAUUCAACCCAGCGAAAGACUUGACCUUUAUGCCGGUAUCGGGCCAACUAGGAAUCGGCUUGAAAGAUCCAAUCCCUGCGGAGCUCUGUACUUGGUACAAGGGUGAAGCGUUCAUACCAUUCAUUGACCAACUACCAUCCCUUAAUCGUAAGAGUAACGGACCAUUUAUUAUGCCAAUUGUUGAUAAAUACAAGGAUAUGGGUACGGUCGUAAUGGGUAAAGUGGAGGCUGGAGAAGCAAAGAAGGGACAUUCUCUUCUGGUCAUGCCUAAUCGAACGGCAGUAACGGUAGACCAAUUGUGGUCGGACGAUGAAGAAGUAACAUCGGUUGGUCCUGGUGAAAAUGUAAAGAUUAAGCUAAAGGGUAUUGAGGAAGAAGACGUGAGUCCCGGCUUUGUUCUAUGCGACAGUAAUAAUCCGAUCAAAACGGGAAAAAUUUUUGACGCCCAAGUUGUCAUCCUGGAGCACAAAAGCAUCAUUUGUGCCGGUUACAGUGCUGUAAUGCACAUUCACUGCGCAGCGGAAGAAGUCAGUGUGAAAGCACUCAUAUGUUUGGUGGACAAAAAAUCUGGUGAGAAAAGUAAAACGCGACCGAGGUUCGUCAAACAAGAUCAAGUGGCCAUCAUGAGAAUUGAGUGUGCCGGAGUUAUUUGCCUUGAACAGUUUAAACUGUUUCCCCAAAUGGGUCGGUUCACUCUUAGGGACGAAAACAAAACUAUUGCUAUUGGUAAGGUGCUGAAGGUGGUUGAGUAAGUUCUGUUUUACGUUGAAUUUUAUUGUGACUAAGGACAUUAUUAUACCUACCAUCGAACACAUUGAAAUCACACACAAACAAUGUAAACACAAACUUUGAGAACCUAUGAUCUAUCUGUAUGCAUUAAACAUUAGAUGAUGAAACAAUACGCACUCACGGUAAGUGUAAUUUGGGAUUGGGUGAACAGAGAGAGAUAUAUGCGAAUUAUAUAUAUUAUAUAUAUAAAGAAUGAUAUAUAUGACAAACUAAAAUAAAACGACUUUGAUUACAAAAAGAAAAGAAUAAAAUAGAUAAUACAAAGAAAUGUUUUUGAAAAAACAGCACCACCCCCUGCCCUAAAGGAGACGAAAAAAAAAAUCUUUUCAGGAUUUCGUUGUCGUUGAAAUAUUUUAAUGGCAAGGGGGUAGGGGAGGAGGGUAUACAAAAAGGCUUUUUCAAUAUAAACUGAGGGCGAUAUUUUUGUUCUACGGAGCUAUGUGAAAAAUGAUAAUGGAUAGCAUUAACGCUAAUUAUGAUUAUUAUUAUUAUUAUUAUCAUUGAAUUGAUGGGUAAUAGAUGAAACAUAUUGAGUAAAGCAAAUAGAUAGUGUUCCACAACAAUUUAUAAUUAUUAAAUCAAUAUUGUACUGUUUCUUAUUUUAUUCUCAUUAAAAUACUAAUUUACUACGAAACUGUUUAUUUGUAAUAAUUUUCACUGUAUGUUCUGUACUUUGGAGCAUCUUUAUGUUCAUUAGAAAGAGAAAAAAGAAAAAGAAAAAAUAAUACGUGAAAACUUUCUGUGAUAGAACACAGGGAGAGUAAAUUAAUUUACAUAGAUUUUUUGAGGAAUGUAGUCUAUAAGAAGACAAUUGAUAUGAAUAUCUUUUGAUUUCUUUAUAAAAAAAAUAUCAAACCAGCCACAUUGUGCCCUAAAAAUUGAUUGCAGAAGUAUUUAUGACAAUUAUCAGAUCACGGCUGAAGUUGUGACAAUACCAGACAGGGAUGAAAAAUCAGUUUGUAAAUCUAAAAAAGCAUCGAAUAUUCCUAUUCAUGUGUAAGGUAUAUCGAUAGACAGAAGUUAGUUACUCUACUCUUGCUCUGAUACAAUACACUAAAAUACUGGUUGUCAUCUCGUCUUCCAAGAAAAAAAAAAAGAAAGAAAAAAACACCAAGUCUGUAACGCUCAUAAGUACAGAACUUUAUAGUGUAUUGAAUAUAAUAAUCGUUGACAUUUUCGUUUUCCAUUUUACUUCAUAUUUCGUACUUUUUUUUUUUAUAAUCUAUUUGCGAAUUUUAUUAAAGAGCUUGUCACCAUCGGCACAUACAUAGCUAGGCGAAUUCAUGGAAACGUGAUUUUUGUAGCUUCAGUGAAACAAUCACAUGGUGAAGAGAAGAAUAAUUGUAAAAUAUAAGAACCGGCAAUGUCCGUAUUGUUAUUAUUAAAUAUUAUUAUGGAUUGAACUAAUAUUAAUUAUUAAUAUAAAAACUACCAAUAAUAUAAACACAAACGAAGUAUAAGGAGGUGAGCAAACUACAGAAGAAUAAUAGAUAUUAAGAGCCUUAGCUCAUGCUGUAGUGUGGGAUACAUUGAUAUUUUUAUAUAUUGCUGCGCCAUCAAUAUUUACUUAUUCAAUCAAGUCAGCCGGUUUGGUUUUUACUGAAAAGGCUUGGCUUUUAACCAUUUUAAAGCUAUCUUUGCGAGGGCCUAAAAUUAUGAAAAACAGGGAAGAGUGCUGAAAACUUGAUGAAAAAAAUUAACACAAUGGAGUUCUGUGAAAUUUUAAUAUCAAAAAGUAUUCAGUGUUUAGCGCUUAAUUAGCAAUAUGAAUUCUUCAUCAAUAGUUGGAAAUUUACCAGACAAUAUGACGUGCUUUAGAAAGUUCUCAUAACCGUAAUUACGAAUAUUGUUUAAAAGAAAUCGAGGGUUCUCCUCCAGCGAACCAUUUUCAUGCUGUUCUCAAUUUCAUUCAAUACGAUGUACAAAUUGUUGUCCUUUGGUAUAGGGGGAAAUAUAAAAUGUAAAAAUGUGUGAUUCGUACAAUCCUAUUUGAUGUAUAUCGAAGUAGGAUAAUUUUUUCUUGAGACAUAAAGAAGUAGUUUCUACUCAAACUACUGAAAACUAUGAGAAAAACGUAGAUAGCAUAAGUACAAAUAAAUUAUUUUUGAAAUAUGCAAAACGGUGUCAUUGCUUUCAAAGAUAGAAAUAGAAUUAUUUUUUUAAUAGUAAGGUCUGAAAGCCUGCAAUGAUAAAACUGCUUCAUUUUUCUCACUGGUAUUCAGCGCUCAUCCUACUUAUUACUUAUAACUUAUAUAAUAAAAUUUGGAAAACUGUUCAAAAUCAUGUGGGAGAAAAGGAAAAAUUUUCUUUUCAAUUACGUGUUAUUUAAUGAAUGAUAGAAUGGUACAUAAUAAUAUAUUUAAUCGAUUUACGAGGAUGCUACUCUUAAUUGUGCACGAUAAUUAUUCUUUUAACAGUUAAAAUGCAUGUAAAAGAAUAAAUUUCGUUCAAAUUUUUGUGAAAGGAAGUCAUUGCAGUCACAAAGCGAAGUUUAUAAAGUAUUGCCUAAUAAAACACCGUGAUGGAAGAUUUGAAAUCUUGUACAUGGUUGUAUAUGGUUACAUAGUUAUAUUAAACAUGUACAUAAACACGUGCGGACAGCGUCAAGUCUGUUUCGUGCCAAUCGUCCAAUAAAUAAUCAAGCGGUCCGUUUAAUUUAGUUGCACUGUAAAGUUGAACGCCACAUUCAUAUCUUUAUGGAGAAACGAUUGAUAAAGGACUAAACAUAAUUUCGCUAUUAUGCAUGAGAUGUGAAAAAUCAACUAUAGCCUUUAAUACGAACUAAACCGGCUAUUAGCUUCCUAAUUAUCAUCUUGGAUAUGAAUUUUGAAGAAAUUAUCAUUUGCUCAUGAGUAUUUACAUUGCAAUUUAACUGUAACAUAUAAGUUGUCGAAUCAAUUCUUGAAAACAAUCGAUUUCGAUUGUUAUCAAACACCAUGUCAAGAAAUGAUUGAAUUCAAAGUAAAUGAAAUGAGUCUUAAAAAAUAUUUUAAAAAGUUAAAUUUUAAGGUAUAGGUAUAAAAUUUCAAGAAUAAAAGAACACGGAAAUUAAUGAGACACAUGAAACAAGAUUACUAGACGCGGGAAAGGUUGUUUCAUCAUUUUAAAAUGAACUUGUAUCGGUGAUAGUAAAUUUUGAAACUGUAGAAAUGAAAAUGCUUUAGAAACCGACGCCAAAAUGGACGAGGAUGGUUUUGAAGUAAUGUAUGCAAUUUGAUAAUUCCCAUAGCGACCAGAUGUUUUUAAAUUAAAAUUACUAUUUUGACGGUGACAACCUUGUACGUUUAAUAAUCUUGUAUUAGCACUGUCUGCCUUUUUUUACGAAUAAAAAAAAUCUAAUCAGACUUAAACCUUGUAGUGAGGUGAAUGAAAUGACUUAUAUUAUUAUAAAAAUGUGCAUAAAUUGUUUAUCAAAUGCGCAGUGUUUCCUCAUUGAAACAACAUAAAUACGAAAAUUUUGAAGACAUUUUCAUAUUCCCAAUAAAUAUUGUACAUGGAGA